AUCACCUGUCUGACGUCACCUGUGUGACGCCAUGCUCUGUCUCCGUAGUUACGAUGAGUUGGCUCUGAAGGACCUUCCAGCGGUUGUAGACCACAUCCUGAAGGUGUCGGGUCAGGACCAGAUCUUCUACGUCGGCCACUCUCAGGGAACCACCAUAGCAUUCAUAGCGUUCUCCACGCUACCUGAACUGGCCAGUAAGAUCAAGUUGUUCUUGGGUUUGGCGCCCGUAGCGACCGUGGCGUUCACCGCGAGCCCCAUGACCAAACUGUCGGUCCUGCCCGACUUCCUCAUCUGGAAACUGUUCGGGAGGCGGGACUUCCUGCCUCAGAGCGAGAUGAUCCAGUGGUUUGCGGAACACGUGUGCGGCAAGCACCUGCUGAGCGAGCUGUGUGGAAACCUGUUCUUCAUCCUCUGCGGCUUCGACGAGAAAAACCUCAACAUGACUCGGACUCCGGUCUACACCACACACUGUCCUGCCGGGACCUCGGUCCAGAACAUGGUCCACUGGGCCCAGGCCGUUCACGGAGGGAAGCUGAUGGCCUUUGACUUUGGAGCUGCAGGAAACAUGAAACACUACAACCAGUCCACUCCCCCUCAGUACCACGUCCAGGACAUGAAGGUUCCCACCGCUCUGUUCUCAGGGGGACAGGAUACGCUGGCGGACCCCAAAGACGUGGCUGUCCUCCUCACUCAGGUGUCUAACCUGGUCUACCAUCAGCACAUCAAACACUGGGAACAUCUGGACUUCAUCUGGGGCCUGGAUGCUCCUGAGCAGAUGUUCCCCUCCAUCCUGAAGCUGCUGCAGGAACACCGCUAGAGGGCGUGGCGGCGUACACACCUGUCCUACAGUAUUGUCCGCCUGUCGGGUGGAGCGGCGGCAGCCUGCUGCUCACCGCCUGAAACGUCCUCAGAUCUGAAGCUGGUUUUAUCUGUUUACACGUGAAAUAUCUGCUGGAACGCUUCUGAUGACCUGUUUUACAUAAAGCUUUUACCUAACAGGACUCUUAUUGUGAAAAUCCUCCCUCAGACUGUGAAGGAGCUCGGUGAACUUGUUCUGACGUGGCUCCUGUUGGCGAACUAACACUCUCUUUAAACAUGCAGCCAAUCACGUGGCUGGACUUUUAUCAAGCUCUGAAACACAAACUGAUUAUUUGUCGUAUUUCUGCUAAAUAUGAAGCUGUUUUGAAUCAAACUAAAUAAAUCUCGUAACUCCUGAACAC